AUGCCAGACAAGCUGCGAAACGUAGAGCCAGACUUGGAGCGCUUCGGCUGGCAAGUGGCCACCCGCAUUAAGAUCCUGGGUCAGGCAGCAGAGGCUCAACCGCCGCGGCUGCUGAAGCAGGAUGCAUGGGGUAGCCAACUGGAUUCCGUAUUGACCGCGGAUGCCUGGAAGCAGCUCAAGGCGCUGUCAGGCUUGUUCAACUGCCCGCUGGCAAUGACAGAUGGCGCCGCUCGCCUGUGCCAGCUGCUCCUUGAUGGUGUAGGCGCAGAUGGCGGGGACAAGAGCGACCUGGCGGGGGAGCUUCGGGACGCGUUUGGCCACCUGACCAGUCGUGACCCGGCCGCCUUCUGGACCUCUGGCCAGUGGAUGACGGGGGGAUCCGACGUCAGUGUCGCCACAGAGACGGAGACUCUGCCAGACUUCAACAACAACAGCAGCGGCGGGGUGGGAACCUGGUUCAGGCUGUUUGGUUAUAAAUGGUUUACUAGUGCUGCGGAUGGGGAGAUGAGCAUGGCGCUCGCCCGGGAGCAGGAGCAGCCAGGCAGCAGCAGCCCAGCUGGUCUGACGCUGUUUUACGUGCCAGGUUUUGAAGUGGUACGGCUCAAGGACAAGCUGGGCACGCGGCAGCUGCCCACCGCCGAGCUGCGCCUGCAUGGCAUGCGGCUGCAAGAGGCAGGGCAGGCGUCUGCUGCGGAUGUCGUCAUGCUCCGCCUGCUGACUCCGCUGGCCAAGCUUUUCACGGCAGAGGAGGCGGUGGUGGUCCUGCCUAUCUGGGAGGGAACCACCAAUGUGCUCAGCCUGGAUUUUCUGCGGGUGCUGGCCAGUGGCAGCAAUAGCAGCAGCAGGCCAGCCGCGGUGUUCUGCUCCGAAUGCCGGCAGCGCAUGGAUGCCGCCAUGUCGGCAGUAGCUGCCGGCGCAGCCAGGCGCCUGCCUGGGGAGAGCAGGUUGGGACCUGCUGUGCAAGCUGAGCUGCUGCGCAGGGCGACCUCCCUGCUGGGUCACAAACUAGAGCUGCUGCAGCCGCAGGCAGAGGCAGUGGCGAGUGCAGGCGUCAGCAGCGAUGUCGCCCAGUUUGUGGCGCGUGAUUUGGCGCUUGACAUGAGCAGGCUGUUUGUGGGAGCCUCGGCUGCCUUCCUGAUGGGCGACGAGCAGCUGUAUCCACCAGGCACAGGUGGUGCGGCAGCCGCUCUGCAGGCGACGGAGGCCCAGCUCAAGACAGCUUGGGUGCUCGCUGGCGCUGGUUCUAGCCUGCUGCAGCCCAGGGCCAAGUAUUAG